UAAACAAUUUGCAUAACUCCGAAUAAUUAUCCACUGUGUAAUAAUAAUAAUAAUAAAAAUAAUCGUCAUGAAAGGAAUUAAACCGGCAGAAAAUCGGGCGUCGGAAAUCGGCGCUCCUAACCUCCGCCUCCGACCGCUCGCCCUUCCCUGUCGCUCUCGCUCUCGGCGACGGAACCCUCCAUUCUUUUCUUCCUCUCCUUCUCCCCCGACCGCAACCGCAACCGCAACCGUGAAGAACCGUCCCGUCGUCCCAUGGCUAGAUAGGCUAGUCCAGCAGAUCAAGAACCUUAGGGACGGAACUGGUCUAGGGUCAAUCAAUCCCACCCGGAACUACGGCAAUAAUAAGCUCGCAAGGUUUGGGUUUUUUCUGCCGGUUUUAUUUUUUUUUUUUCGAUUAGUGAUUGCUUGCUUGCUUCGGAGGGGAUGGACUUUGGUUUGGUUGUUUCCGGGCCGAGGGUGGGUUACUACUUACUUGAGCCCGUGACACUACCUACUCUGGUUGGCACGGGUCACUAAAAUGACUCUUAUUCAGGGUUGACUCAUCGGGUGUCGGCACGGGCUCUGGUUUCCUUCCUUCCCCCUGGUGUCAGUCUGUCCUGUCAGACAAAGGGAUGCAUCCAACCUCCCUCUGUGCCUGGAAAAACCACGCGUCUCUUUAUUGAGGGACGUUGCUUUCUUUACCUGGAUUAUCUAAAAACAAGGGGCGAUCCUACCG